UUGUAAAACCAAAAUCCAAGUAGAAGCACUGCGCAGACAAGACUAACCUCAGAGAUAACACUAACACAAAACCCUUGAGCUCGUGAUCCUCAAUCGACUCUGCCAAAAUAGAUUCCUCCGAUCGCAAGCGAAAGAAAACCUCGUCGUCGAUCUCAUCGUCGAGAGACAAGGACAAGGACAAAGACAAGCACAAGCAAAAGAAGAAGACGAGAAUGUCGUCAUCGAAAACGACAACGACGACCAACCAGGUUAGAGCAUCGCACAUACUGAUCAAACACCAAGGCUCUCGAAGAAAGGCUUCGUGGAAAGAUCCAGAAGGCCGUGUUAUCAUGAACACCACCAGAGAUAGCGCCGUGUCUCAGCUCAAAUCCAUCCGCGACGACAUCGUUUCGGGCAAAGCCAAGUUCGACGACCUCGCCACUCGCUUGUCCGAUUGCAGCUCCGCCAAGCGCGGCGGCGAUCUUGGUCCUUUUGGCAGGGGCCAGAUGCAGAAGCCUUUUGAAGAAGCAACUUAUGCUCUCAAGGUUGGUGAGAUAAGUGACAUUGUGGAUACUGACAGUGGAGUCCACAUUAUCAUGAGAACUGGUUGACCAUUUAUGGAGAAACUGUUGGGCAUAUUUGAACAUUAAUUAGUGUGCUGAGCGAACAGAUUUAUGUAUCUUUCUCAAAUAUAAUUUGCUCAUUGUCAGAGCAACACAACCCUCGCAUGAAUCAUUGAUAAUUUGGUACUAAAAAGAUUGGUCUGACCAAUGUGUUUGGGAAGUUUAUGUUGUUUCUUAUAAAACAAUAAUUAUUUCAAGUUCUUGGUUGGGAUGUUAUGAACUUAUGGUUGUCCUAAUGAUGAAAGCUUUCGGUUUGAUUUC